AUGGCCGGGAAGAAGGCGCGUAAGAACGUGCAACCGAGCCCUGCGCGCACUGAGCUGGAAGAGGAGUGUGCUGCUCAGCUCAGGAGACUGGGAGACAAACUGAAUUUCCGGCAGAAACUUCUGAAUCUGAUAACCAAAUUCUUCUGCUCAGGAACUUGACUGCAACAAAAACUUGUGCAUAAGGGGACUCCUUCGAAAGGGAAGUUUCCCACAAUAGGUGCAAGUGGUACAAAUUUCAUAAAUUCGAAGAGAGGUCUCAUUGCAUGUAAUUGAGAGGAGUGAAAAGGAGCAUUCACUUGCUUGUGGAUGCCCUUGAGAAGUGAAGAUGGAAUACCUCAGAAGAAUUUCUGUGGGGGGGGUUUCAUAUGUCAUUUUUGGGGAUGUGAGAACAUUGUAAAACUACUUUGUUUAUUUGAAAACAACACUUUUUAGUUAGAGAAUUAUUCUGUUAUUUUUGCUGAAGGUCAUUGCCCAGCCUGGUAUAAAAGGAGUUGAAAAUAAGAUUAAGGCUGAAAGAAAUAGU